UGCAGGAAAUGGCCGCUAAGGAAGACCAAAAGGACAUCAAGCUUCCCUCUGAUUCUAUUCCUGAAGGCUGGGUUCUGGAUACCAUGGUGAAAGAUGAUGGUACCCAAGUCCAGUGCUACCUUUGUCCACCAACUGAUCAACGUUUCUACACUUACGAAGAUCUGAUGCGAUAUGUGAGGUAUGCCAAACAGGCCAAGGUUUCCAUCUAUGCUGAUAACUUUUGGGAGACGACGGAGGAGGAAGAUGACUUUGGACCAAUCAAGAGAGGAGGAAAGAGCUCAAAUCCUUUGGAGGGCAUUAAGAUCAGAGACAUCAAGGGCAAAUCUGUUGUGACGUCUGACUGA